UUUGAAAUAGUGGGAAAAUGAAGACUGGGUUUGAACGAUGCAGGUUUGAUGGAUUGGACUUGUUCCACGAUGCCAUUUCGAUGAGUCCUUUCUAUUAUUUCUUCAGUUCCCUUGAUUUUCCGGUUUUUCAACUCUGAUUCUUGGUGUGUUUAAGUCAUUUGAUUGAAGGAGGCGAAAGAAUCGAGCUCGGAUUAUACUUCUGGUUAUACCUGGAAGCUGAUGCUUAAACCUGCAUUUCGUAUGCCAAAUUAACUUGGUAGUCUUAGCUCAACCUGGUUGGUCCAGGAUGAGGUUAUGACUCUGUAUUGUUCUAUGUUUGUUCUGUAAUUUUCAUGGGCAGAUGUUUCAGAAACAUUCUCUGAAACAUCAUCGAGGGUGAUUUGAUAGUUGAGGAUAUACUAGUGAGGUACUAUUCAGCUUUCCUGCCAUUAAACUCUGUUGCCCUAGUAUGGACUUAGCUGAAACUGAAAGUGAUCAGAGUGGGCAAGCUGUACAAUUCUACAACUGUUUCAAAGUUUCAAGCCUUAGUGAAACAAUUUUAGAAACUACCCAAGUUGCAAAUUUAAAAGAUCGAUACGUUUUGGGGGAACGAUUAGGUUGGGGACAAUUUGGUGUGAUUCGAUCGUGUUCUGAUAGGCUGACUGGUGAGAUGUUAGCUUGCAAGUCCAUUGCCAAGGAUAAAUUGAUGACAGUUGAUGAUGUUCGAAGUGUUAAGCUUGAGAUCGAAAUAAUGUCUCGAUUGUUGGGGCAUCCAAAUGUUGUAAAUCUAAAGGCAGUGUACGAGGAGGAAGAUUGUGUGCACUUAUUAAUGGAGUUAUGUGCUGGUGGGGAGCUUUUCCACCAGCUCGAGAAGCAUGGCAGGUUUUCGGAAUCUGAUGCUCGGUUUAUUUUUAGGCAUCUAAUCCAAGUGGUCAAAUAUUGUCAUGAGAAUGGUGUUGUUCAUAGAGAUCUAAAGCCAGAAAACAUUCUAUUAGCCACAACCUCCUCCUCGUCUCCAAUUAAGUUGGCAGAUUUUGGUCUUGCAACCUAUAUCAAACCUGGUCAGUAUUUGCAUGGUACUGUUGGGAGUCCAUUUUACAUCGCCCCAGAAGUCCUUGCAGGAGGCUAUAACCAAGCUGCUGAUGUUUGGAGUGCUGGAGUUAUUCUUUACAUCCUUCUCAGUGGGAUGCCCCCGUUUUGGGGUAAGACAAAGUCAAGAAUUUUCGAAGCCGUUAGAGCUGCAGAUUUACGUUUUCCUUCUAAUCUUUGGGAUAAUGUGUCGACAUCUGCCAAGGACUUGAUCACCAGGAUGCUUUGUAUGGAUCCAUCAAAGCGGCUCACUGCUAAGGAGGUUCUAGCUCAUUCAUGGAUGAAAGAUGGUGCCCAGGUAUCUCAAGAGCAGGAAAAGUUGGAUGCCCGAGAUUUCAGAUGGGUGGAAACGGGCAUAAGUUCUUUGCCCGCUCCAUUCAUCGUUAGAAAUCAGGAUUUUAGCUUCAGUGAUGGAACUGCUGUUAUUUGUGAGGACCAAAUGGGGCAUUCACCUGUAUUCACGUGCAAAUCAUCAUUCUCUUCGUUCCUUUUGGAUACCGGUGACACGCCCAGUUCUGUUCCCGGAGGAUUUUCUUUCAGCAGUUGCAUUGAGUUAGAUGCAGCCACCGAAUUUUCAUCCCCAAUUCCAAAGCUUCCCAGCUUUACCUUCUUUAGUCCAUGUUCAACAGCUGAUCAAGGAAAUGGUUCGAUCAGUUUCAAAGCGAAUUUGUCACUAUCAGAAGCUCUUCUUGAAGAACCAAUCAAGAGAAAGCUCUCUCUUCUGCUAGAACCCAUAAUUCCUGUCAAGCACAGGUUUGGAGACAUGGAGUGGAAAGAAACUCGAAAGGGGGGACUAGGUGGGUCUAGAGCAACCAACAUUCCCAGCAAAAGGAAUCAUUCAAUCGGACUUGGCGAGCUUGAUCAGUUUAAUCUCAUCAUGACCGAAUCAGUUAUACGAUGGGCAUCAUGCACACAUAUCCCAACAACUCCAUCCCUUAGGCUAUCACUUGUCUGUUAACAUUUUCGUCACGUUAUAACUAGUCACCUACCAACGAGUCAUACCGAGGAAUGCCGAAAGCAGUCGAUGAUACCAAGAUUGCUCAAUGUUUCAGACUCAGGAAAGUGAAACCUGUUCUCGUUUCUUGUUUCGUAGUUUUCAAAGAGGUGGUAUUGGGCCUGUGACACUCGAGCCAUGUUGCUGAAAUUUAGUUACAGGCGGAGUGUAUUGAUUUCUUUUCCCUCGUUUGGGUGUGGUCUUCGAGUUUGAGAGGAAAAAGAAAUGAGCUUUUUAUUUAA